CUCAACUACUUUAUCUCUUCCAUAUUCCUUCUUUAAUUUCUCUUACUAACAAAAACUUUCUACUUCUUUAAUUAAUUAUAAGCUUAUUUAAUUAAAUAUGGGUAUUGAGAAUGAACAAUCUUGUGUGCAACUUUCAAAAAUUGCAAUUUCUGAAACACAUGGAGAAAACUCACCUUACUUUGCUGGAUGGAAAGCCUAUGAUGAAAAUCCUUAUCAUGAAUUAACUAACUCCUCUGGAGUUAUUCAAAUGGGAUUGGCAGAAAAUCAAGUUUCAUUUGAUUUGCUAGAAAAGUAUUUGGAAGAGCAUCCAGAGGCUUCAACAUGGGGAGAAAAAGGAGCACCUGGUUUUAGAGAGAAUGCUUUAUUUCAAGACUAUCAUGGACUUAAAUCAUUCAGAAUUGCAAUGGCUAACUUCAUGGAACAAAUUAGAGGGGGAAGAGCAAAAUUUGAUCAUGAAAGAAUUGUUCUUACUGCCGGAGCAACCGCUGCAAAUGAACUAUUAACUUUCAUUAUUGCAAACCCUGGAGACGCUUUACUUGUUCCUACCCCGUACUAUCCAGGGUUUGAUAGAGAUUUAAGGUGGAGAACUGGUGUAAACAUAGUACCAAUUCAGUGUGACGGUUCAAACAAUUUCCAAAUUACACCACAAGCAUUAGAAUCUGCAUACAAAGAAGCAGAAUCCAUGAACAUGAAAGUGAGUGGAGUUCUUAUAACAAACCCAUCAAACCCUUUAGGUGCAACAAUUCAACGUUCAGUUCUAGAACAAAUUAUCGAUUUUACGACACGAAAAAACAUCCAUCUUGUCUCAGAUGAAAUCUACUCUGGCUCAGUUUUUACAUCCUCUGAGUUCAUAAGUGUAGCAGAGAUUCUAGAAUCGAAAAACUACCCAAAAAAUGUUGCAGAAAGAGUUCACAUUGUUUAUAGUUUGUCAAAAGAUCUUGGUCUACCUGGUUUUAGAGUUGGAACGAUUUAUUCAUACAAUGAUAAUGUUGUUAUAACAGCAAGAAGAAUGUCAAGUUUUUCCUUAAUAUCCUCAGAAACACAACAUUUGUUGGCAACUAUGUUGUCUGAUAAAGAGUUUACAGAGAAUUACAUUAAGAUUAAUAGGGAGAGAUUGAAGAAAAGAUAUGAAAUGAUUAUUGAAGGUUUGAGAAAUGUUGGAAUUGAGUGUUUGAAAGGGAAUGCAGGGUUGUUUUGUUGGAUGAAUUUAAGUCCAUAUUUGAAGGAACAAAGUAAGGAAGGUGAAUUGGAAAUUUGGAAUGAUAUUUUGAAUGAAGUGAAAUUGAAUAUAUCUCCGGGGUGUUCUUGUCAUUGUACACAACCUGGUUGGUUUAGAGUGUGUUUUGCAAAUAUGAGUGAACAUACUCUUCAAGUUGCAUUGGAAAGGAUACGUAAAUUCAUGGAUAGAAUAAGGACAAAAAAUAUAUAAAGAAAAGAAGAAUGAUAUGCAUGCUAUUUGACAAAUUCAUUUCUAUUCAAUAUUCAAUAUUCAAUAUUCAAUAUUCAUAUCAUGGUAGUAUUUUUUUUAGAUGGUUAUGGCCAUUUUGAUAAAUUCUUUUGUCGUUGAUAUAUGGAAUAUUACUGUAAAGCAUAUUCACUUGAAGUGUACUAUAUAUGUAUGUCUUGGUUCUUGUUUGCUUGCUUUAAUUAAGCAAGUUCUUUGGAAACUCCUUUUGUAUCAUUAAUUCAUGUGAA